GCGCACCCGGAAGUGGCGUGAGGUUCCGGGCGCGGCGGCGUCUCUCAGGUUGAGCAGCUUCGUGAUGGCCGUUGCACCUCUGCGUGUGCUGGCAUGUGGCGACGUGGAGGGGCAACUGGAAGCUCUCUUCAGGCGAGUCCGGGCUAUCCAGGGCAAGAGCGGCCACUUUGAUAUGCUUUUGUGUGUUGGGAAUUUUUUUGGCGCUACUUCAGAGGCAGAAUGGGCAGAAUAUCGCACAGGGGCCAAGAAAGCUCCAAUUCCAACCUACGUGCUUGGUGCUAAUGACCAGAAGACCGUCAGCUAUUUUCCAGAUGUCAGUGGCUGCGAAUUAGCUGAGAACAUCACUUACUUAGGCCGUCGAGGUCUUUACAGCGGUGCUUCUGGACUGCAGAUCGCAUACCUGAGUGGCACCGAGUCCCAGGAUGAGCCAGCUCCUGACUACAGUUUUAGCGCAAGGGAUGUGUCAGAAUUAAAAACAUCUUUGUUAUCAAACCCAGACUUCAAAGGUGUUGAUAUAUUGCUGACGUCACCCUGGCCCAGAGAUGUGGGGACUUUUGCCAACAGUGCAGGAGAAAUAGAUACCAAGAAAUGUGGCUCCAAGUUAGUGUCUGAUCUAGCUGCAAGUCUCAAACCAAGGUACCACUUUGCUGCCCUGGAGAAGGCCUAUUAUGAAAGACUUCCUUACAGAAAUCACACAGUGCUACAGGAGACCCCACAGCAUGUGAGCAGGUUUAUUGCACUUGCUGAUGUUGGCAAUACAAGCAAGAAAAAGUAUCUGUACGCCUUCAGCAUUACGCCGAUGAGCUUGAUGGACCCUGCAGAGCUGGUGAAACAGCCACAGGAUGUCACCGAAAAUCCAUACCAAAAAUCACGGAAGGAAGCUCAGAAGACCAAAGCACGCCUGUGUGCAGAGGAAGAACCAGCUUGUCAGUUUUUCUUUGAUUUGAACAAGCAUCAGGGAAAGAAACGUCCCUCAGAUGGGAAAGAGACAGGGAACUCCCAACCUAAGCAAGCCAAAAAACCCCCACAGCCCACGGGGCCCUGCUGGUUCUGCCUGGCCAGCCCAGACGUUGAGAAGCACUUGGUUGUUAGUAUUGGCACACACUGCUAUCUCGCCCUGGCCAAAGGUGGCUUACUGCCUGAUCACGUCUUGAUUUUGCCUAUUGGCCACUAUCAGUCGGUGGUGGACUUGUCUUCAGAGGUGGUGGAAGAAGUGACCAAGUACAAGUCUGCCCUAAAGGAAUUUUUUAGAAGCAAGGGAAAGAGAUAUGUCCUGUUUGAAAGAAACUACAGGAGUCAGCAUCUGCAGUUACAGGUGAUUCCUGUCCCGUUGGACCACUGCACCCCCGAAGACAUUAAAGAGUCCUUUAUUGCACAGGCACAGGAACAGCAGAUUGAAUUAGUAGAAAUCCCAGAACACUCAGAUAUCACGCAAGUGGUGCAGCCGGGAACCCCCUACUUCUACGUGGAGCUGGACACGGGGGAGAAGCUCUUCCACCGCAUCCGCGGCCGCUUCCCGCUCCACUUCGGCAGGGCGGUGCUGGCGAGUCCGGCGCUGCUGGCGCUGCCGCAGCAGGCCGACUGGCGGCGGUGCGCGGCCGGGCGGGCGGCGGAGGAGGAGGCGGCGCAGGCCCGCGCCUUCCGCCGUGACUUCCAGCCCUUCGACUUCUCCCUCCGGGACUGA